UUUGACUUGAUGGCGAAAGGUCGUAUACGAAUAAUAUCCGGAUGACGCAUGAGGCCUUGGCACUCGAUCACGAAAUGUGGUGGCACUGGAUGUGGAGGCGGCUCCGCGUCGUCUUGGUCGAGCACAUGCCGAUCUUGGAAUGGCUGCCGGGCUACCAGUGGCAGAGCCAUCUGGCCCACGAUAUCGUGGCGGCCGUCGUUGUGGUUGCGGUCAUGCUGCCACAGGAACUCGCGUUUGGUGCUAGCAUGCACAUCCCCGUGUCGACGAGUCUGCGGACUGCCAUUGUCGCCCCGUUUGUGUAUUGUGUGUGCGGCACAUCGAGCAUUUUGUCGUUCGCGAACGCCGCCGAACUCACGUGGUCCAUUGGUGGCGCGCUCCAAACCAUUCCCGAAGAUCAAGAAUUUGAACGUUUGGCCAAGGGAACGCUGAUCACGGUCAUGUCCGGCGUCAUUCUUCUGGUUUUGGGGUGGUUUCGCGUUGGGUCGCAUCUUCCGCUGUCUAGACCAGCCAUGGGAGGAUUCCUGUGGGGAGCGAGUUUGCUUGUACUGGCCGAACAUGUCCCGCAUCUCGCUGGAGUUGUCGAUAUGUCAGCGGCGCCGUGGCACUUCGCGGUGCACUUUGAGGCGUGCGUUCUUGGUGCAUUUUCCCUCGCGGCGCUAAUAUCGGUGGAAGGCAUCCGCCAACGCCAGUCCGUACGGUUCCGGCCAUCGAAUGGCGCCGACUCAACCGUGUUGAUGCCGACAAGCCAAGUUCGCUGCCCUACACUUCACACACUCAGUUUCGUCGACCUUGCGCCCGUCGGUGUGUGUUGUGUCGCACUAAUGUUGCGCCUCUGGGUAUCCUUCCCCGACGACGACGCCAAUGCCUCGUCCACGCAUCGUACUCACCACGGCAAUCAAUCCCUUUACGACUCGUUCACGGUGACACAUGCAUUUCACCACGUCGUGAGCCAAGAAGUCGAAGAGGUCGUGACCUUGCUGUGGGACUCGUUGAUCAUUGCGCUGACUUCGUACAUAUCGACGAUUGUGUUGGCACAUGCAGGUGCUCGCCACCGCUUAGCUUUGGCUCCCGAUAGCCCCCAGAAAGCCCACCACAUCGAUGUCGACCCGAACAAAGAACUCCUGGCGUACGGCGUCGCAUGCGUGAUCGGAGGGUCGUUCCAGGCGCUUCCUCCGGCGGGGGGGCUUGCUCGAACAGCAAUCAACGCCAAGUACAGCCACACUGCCGUCACGACUCUCUGCACAACCAUGGCCCUCAUCGGCGUCUUGCUCUCGAAAGUGUACAUCCUGGUGCCGUUGCCGUCCCUUGCCGCCAUCGUCGUCGUCUCCACCGUGUCAUUCAUGGACAAGGACGAACUUCGAACGAUGGUCCGGUGUCGACUGUACAUGAGUUUGGCGCUGUGGGCCGUCGCGUGCGCAUGCACCUUCCUUGGCGGCAUUCUCGUCGGGGCUCUCGCUGCGCUCUGCCUCAGCGUUGUCAUGCCCCCCGAAGGCACCAGCAUCACUCGGCUCAAUGCCAUUGGUACCACCUGCGUCGCGCACAAGCCCCUCACGGAAAACGGCGAUGACGUCCACAUCUACCAAGACCACGUCAUGAUUGUCCGUGUGGACGCUGCAAUGGUUUGCUUUGCCAACUGGGACGGGAUUGAAAAAGCCCUCGAGCAACUCUUAAACGUGGGCGACGUGGAUGGGAAGGGAUCAGGAGGCGUCAAAGGCCUCGUCGUGGAUUUGUCAAACGUACGAGAUGGCGCGCACGAUGUCGAAGCUCUUCGCCGCAUGGGAAUGUUUAGUAGACGGCUCAAGCACCAUGACGUUGACCUGGCUGUUACCCACGCCCCCCCAACGCUUCGUUGUGCCCUCUCCACGAUUGCGCCGCGACUUGCACCCAACUCCGCUCAGCUCACCAACCAGUCCGCCGUCGAUGUCAUCCAAAACGGCGUGUGCGAUCUCUUUAUUGCGUAACGCCUUCGAGGCCACGGCUCAAACUACGUUGGGGGUGUCGAGGCAUUCAGACGACUCCCUUAUCACGACGAAGUAGCAGCGAAACGGAUGGCUCGGCGACGUUUGGUCAAGGCUGGCCUUCGUCCGUCCACUUCGUCCUGCCUCAAAUGGAUGAUCCUGUCCAUUUCAGAGACUUUAGCAAGACCUAACCGUGCGAAACGGAGCUGCCCAUGGCGACAUCAGGUUGCAUGUGGGUCGAGCCACCACACAUUUCUUGGUGCGUUGCGGUCGUGGCAUGAAACGUCGAAGCGCUUCGAGAACUCGGCGACGCUAGGAUAGCUAUUUAAAGCACUACUUGCCAACACAGUU